UGUCACGAGUGAGAGGUUAUGUCGUGGGCGGGGCGCCUAAUGCUACGCGUUUUCUGUGAGCUUGUAGUGAUGCAAACCUGAUUAAAGGUACCGCGAAAAUUGCGAGUUGUGGUUUUAAAGAUCUUGAGACGACCAGUGAAGAGAUUUUUGUCAGAGUUUGUGUUAAUCGACUCUCAUCUUUUAAAAAGUCGAACAUAACCUAAAUUAUUUGAACCAUCAGUGUCGAAAAGACAGAAUUGAUGUUAAACUGACAUCACCGCGAAGUGGAAACUGUUUACCAAUCGCCGUGCAUUACGAAGUUACAAUGUGAAUAAAUCAAUAAUGGUGAUAAUAGCUCGUUGUUAUUGCUUUAAUUAUCACGAAGAAGGAAAACUACUCACCAUUUAGCUAGUUCUUUGGUAAUGAAGUGUCUACUAACCUAGCUACGAUAGUUCUUUCUCUACUCCUGCGAAGUGUUUAAUAAAGUAUAAACUAAUAAUCAAGUACUAAACUGUACUACUCAUGCUAAUAAUAGUGAUCUCUCCAGUCUCCACCAAACUAUUUAGAUGGAAAAUACUACCUAGUGAAUGAAAGGAAACCAUGAAUGAUCUAUGACUAAAUUAAAUUAAAUUAAUUAUUUAAAUUAAAUUGAAUUAAAUAUUUAUUCCACGCUUCGACAAGAAGAUCCAUCAUCUGAACUUUUACUGUCUUACUUACUUUAAUUUUUUUAGCGUGUUAGUGUCACUUCAAUUCUACUCUUAAUAGAUGUAGAGUGUUCGUAGAAUAACAUAGUUCUUUUGAAAAAAAAUUACGAAUGUGACACGUUACAUUCACAUAUCUCAGUUGAUAGCAUAAUUCUUUAUUGUAAAGUUGCUUGAAAUGUGGUAGGGAGGCGGAACCCUGAAUGUCUCGCCGAAUCGGAGCGCCCACAGCUCAGGCUCAGCGCCGCCCUGGGCAAACAUGCUGAAGCACGCCAGUCCGCUAAGGUUUCCUUCAACUCGCAGCUCAUCCACACGCUCCUCGCACGCCUCGUCUCCGCGCUUCGGCUGCUUCAACAGUCAAGUCGAUCUCUCCUGCUGUUCAAUUGACGGCCUUUCUCCUGGAGCCGAAAAAUUGACGAUUUUGGAAGAUAAAUUGCGUCUCCAAAGUAGAAUUUCUAAAAUUUCCGAUACGCAUUUAAAGAUCUGGAAUCACUCGGUCACAGAUCUCACAUCAUUGUCGAUUGCUAGCGACACUGAUACAAAUCCCUCUGGAGCGUCAAAAAACCGUAUAUCUGUAUCGAAAAUUUCCGUAGAUUCGGUCCUGAACCGUAAAAAUUCCGAUAAUAACAAUCAACGGGAAGAACAGUUAGGUACGGUGAGUAUGAGUCCACAAUCCACUCAGGUUUCAACAAGCGAUAAGUUUAAUGAGCGCGGAGUGGACUGCGAGGGACUGACUCCUUCUCCGAAAAGGGCUUUGUUGGGCCAAUCGAUGGAGGCCCCACCGACCUGCACAGGCUGGGGCAUCGGCCCCGUCAUCACCCACGGACGGGCCAUCGUGCGACGUGGCUUGUCGUUUACACUCAGGAGAGAACCUGACGUUAAUUCCAUCAGGUCCGUCAAAAGCGAAGGACAAGUUCCGUCUUCUUCAAAAAACAUGAUAACCGAACCAAUUUUGCCAAGUGAACUCAAGAAAGCGAAUCCGAAAGAGUUAAAACCUUUCACACAACUUUUGUCCUCGAAAGAGAAGAAGGAAAUUCCUGCCAAACAUAGUUAUCCAUCUGAAACCAAUUUGAAUAUGGCUCCAAAACUUGCGUCAGAGACUUCAGUUUUACCGAACCAUGCGGACUCACAGUACGGCUUCCACGAACUCAGGAGGACCAUGGACUCGUCUGACCCUCUCAGAUCGCUGCUUCAGCUUCCUGGCAUUCACGCCGAAGUUCGGCUUCCCGACACCGCCGUGACAUCGUCGCCGACGAUCUUAAAUCCCGACACGAUGAGCCUCACGUCGGCCGACAGCCUCGCCACGUCGAGCAGCGGUCGCACAUCGUCGCGGUCUUGGGGCUCGUCAGCUGCAGCCUCCACGUCGUCCAACUCCUCCAGCAACAGCGGCUCAGAAAUCACUUCUACGACCAUCCGCGUGUUCGCCAAGUGCCUGCGUUCAGACAUCGAGUACAAGACGGUGAGCGUGGGCCCCCGCACCACGUGUGGCGAGCUCGUCGCCUCGCUGCUGUCCAAGUACAGGAUGAAGCAUCGCGACCCUAACCUCUUCUACCUCACCAUGGAGGUCACGGUCAAGAGAUUACAGUCGCAGUAUAAGAGCCUGCUGGUGUCAUACCGCACGCGGGCGGAGGAGGUCGUACAGCUCAUGCUCAACUGCUGCGGCCGCAGCGACGCUCGCUGCUUCUACGCUCUGCACCAGGUGUGCCGGUCGCCCUCCUACAGCGACGUGCGUCUGAGCCCCGACGAGCGGCCGCUGGAGGUGAAGGCGACGUGGCCGCUCGACCGCCGCGACGACUACGUCUUCGUCCUGCGACGUAACAUGAGUGACGUGUUGUCGCUUAGGAAGUUGUCCGACAUUACGAGCGCCCCAGUCGAGCCCCUACAUGCAUCGCAUCAAGGUGCCUCAGCCCCCAAGCCCGAUGCUCCGCGGCGGAGUCAGAGUCUGGGGCGGCAGCGGCCCCGACUUCAGAGCGUACCAAUCCCACCUCCAAGGAGCAGGAAAAACAUCAGUCACUUCCAGCAGAGUUUACUGGAUAGCAGCCUUUUGGAUGGGGCACCGGGGGAGUAUUCUGCCUUACACCAAGAAACUGUGGGACUUUCCACGGCACAAGUAGUAACGAACGACGCUCUAAUGAGAUCAACUUCUCAUUAUUACAACUCGCAAAGAAACGCUGUGGGAGAAUCUUCGACUCAGUUUCAUAGAAGCAUUAUGACUCGCAACACUAUUAAUUACAAUGUACAUGAUGUCCAUUUCGGUCGUCCCCCAGAUGCGGUAAAUUUACCUAACAAUGACGCUACGGUCAUCGACUGUACGUUCGCCACGCCCGUAAUGAAGCAAAUCGGAAGUGCCGCAUCGAGACCGAGACGAUCCUUGAGUGCCAGCAGACUUCCUUUGGAUCCUCGACUCACGGUGGCACCAAGUAUAGAUUUAUAUGACCUGCCUUCUUCACAGAGUGAACGACAAUCGCGGUCACCGAAAACAAUUACGUGGAUUGAAAAAACCUGGACCACUACGGGCUGCCAGACUAUCCUAUCAUGUACCUCUAAGCCUAUUGAACGGGAAGAUAUUUAUUCCAAAUCAAUACGUGACCUGACGCCUCCUCGGGAGAGACCAUCGAGGAGGAAACAUGUCAAUUUUGCCGAUGAACUUCAAUACGAAGUGCCCUCACCCACCACGGAGGGCGAGAAAAAUUUAUCGAAAAUCUGCCCUCCGGCGAUUCCUCCUCCACCAGAAUCUGACAUUUCCUCAGAAUCCUCAUCUCCUCCACCACCACCCAGCGUUCCUCCUCCACCUUUAACACCUCCGAUGAGGUCUCAUAAAAGAGUUACCCUCAACGAUGAGGUAUGCGUGGACCCACCGCCAACUCCAGGUACCUCACCCUCACCGUCAACUCCAGAGCAGGUUAGGGUUAUCAAACCAUGCAUCAAAUAUCCCAAGACCCAACAGAGGUCUUCGUCCGCACCAUCGUCUCCAUCACUAAGAAAAGUAACGCUCUCCACUCCAUUAAUUCCUAACAAUACCGAACACUCCAAGAUGUACGCCACACAGAAGCUCGUCCGAGAGAAUUUAACCGAAAAGAUUUUGGCGAAACGGAACCUGCAGCGGCGAAUUUCACCUUCUCCGUCGUCCGUUAUUAGCACACCUGACGCACAAGUGAACCCUGAACAGAACCUUGCCCGGAAAAGCUCAAAUGAGCAGAAUAAAGAAGAUGAACUUUCGGGCGCUCCCCCGCCAGUCCCGCCUCCUCCUGCCCCCAAUAAUCAACGACCUCCUGAUGAACAGGAAGGCAACAGCGAAGACUCCGCUGAGCAGGAGCGUCGUCUCAGGCACUCGUCUGGGACGUGCGAGCGCAACUGCAAGGACUGUUUUUACAUUUAAGUCUGUACAUUAUGUAAAUUUCUUUACACAGAACCAUGAUAAACAAACACUGAACUCGAUAUUUUGGUUAUUUUUUAUAUAUAGCUUACGAUAAAGCAUUUAUUACGGUUAUUUCGUCAUGGCAUCACGUAAGGAAGUUUACCAGAAAUUGUAAAAGUUCUGUAAAUACAGAGAUUACUUAACUUCUUUAUCUGUUGAUAUUUCAUUGUAAAUGUUUCGUCGCUGUUAUCUCAGAGUUGAGGGAAGAGCGUUGCAUUUUUGAGCUACGAAUAUUAUCAAUUCAUUGUUUAAUUCUUUGGCUUAAUGCCUGCGCCUUCGCUACAGAUUAUAGAAUUAAAGAUUUUGCCACCAUCUACUUAUAAAGGUUAUAAGUUUUGUUGGCCAUGAUUUGGCAUUCCAGAUCCCAAUCGCUGAUUGGCGGCCUAGCAAUUAUUGCUUCGUUACGAUGUACAUAUUCCGUGCUGACUUACUCUGCGUAGAAUUUAAGCAUGUACGAUGUUUCCCCACAACAUUCCCCGACCAAAGCGUAUUGUGUAACACAAGUUUUAUUGAUGAAUAAAUUGCAAUUCUG